CAAGUUUGAGGGAAGAAAUAGCUGUGCUCUUAUUCCGUUCUUCUAAAGAAUGAUGUAAAUGCAGAGCUUGUAGCCAAGAACAACAUGGGCGCUAACACCUCUAGCAAGUCACCAAUAUACGAUGAGAAUGAAGAUGUUACCUUUGAUCAUUUUGAAAUUCUCAGAGCCAUUGGAAAAGGCAGCUUUGGAAAGGUAUGCAUUGUUCAGAAGAAAGAUACCAAGAAAAUGUAUGCAAUGAAGUAUAUGAAUAAACAAAAAUGUGUGGAACGGAAUGAAGUGCGAAAUGUCUUCAAAGAGUUACAGAUCAUGCAGGAACUGGAACACCCUUUCCUUGUGAACUUGUGGUACUCAUUCCAGGAUGAAGAAGACAUGUUUAUGGUGGUGGAUCUGCUUCUUGGAGGAGAUUUACGUUAUCACCUGCAACAAAAUGUCCGUUUUGAAGAGGAGACUGUGAAACUAUUCAUCUGUGAGCUAGCACUGGCUUUGGAUUAUCUCCAAAGCAGGAAUAUCAUCCACAGGGACAUAAAGCCUGAUAAUGUCUUGCUGGAUGAGCAGGGGCAUGUUCAUGUAACAGAUUUCAAUAUUGCUACAGUGAUAACUAACGAUAUGCAGGUUACCAACAUUGCUGGCACGAAACCAUAUAUGGCACCUGAGAUGUUUACUGCUACAAAAACUGCAGGUUAUUCCUAUGCUGUUGAUUGGUGGUCAUUAGGAAUUACAGCUUAUGAACUCCUCAGAGGCCGGAGACCAUACCACAUUCGCUCUAGUAAUUCUGCCAAUGAAAUUUUGCAUAUGUACAAGACAGCCACCAUCAUGUAUCCUGCUGCUUGGUCACAGGAUAUGAUCUCAUUGAUUAAAAAGUUAGUGGAAAUAAAUUCAGAGGAAAGAUUUUUUCAACUGAAUCAUAUCCAGGAGUUUCCUUACUUGGCUGAUAUCAACUGGGAUGCUGUUUUACAGAAGACAGUAUUGCCUGGAUUUCUUCCUAAUAAAGGGAAGUUAAACUGUGACCCAACCUUUGAACUUGAAGAAAUGAUCCUGGAGUCCAAGCCACUUCAUAAAAAGAAGAAGCGCUUGGCUAAGAAAGAGAAGGAAAGCAACAAAAAUGAGUCCUCAGAGGCCUGCCAGCUGCAGAAAAACCUGGAGUCAAUACAAAGGGACUUCAUAAUUUUCAACAGACAAAAGGCACGACAAGAACAUAACAAAAUGCAGGAGAACCUGACAGUGACACAAACCAAAGACAACGAGGAAGAAGAUGACCAAAAUAAUAAUAUUUGAGAUCAAUGUAGUUUUUGCUCAGGUGCUGCUACCAAAAAGGGCAGGCUUUUACUUUAGCUCAUGGAGCUCAGCAGAUAAAAUUGUACACUGCUUUCAAGAUAAGGCAGAUAUCUUGCUAAGGAACCUUGAGACUAGAUGCUGAAUCUCUCUUCCCACCAUAAGGACUGGUGGCCUACAAUCCUGCAGAAAUACUUAAGACGCAGAUUAUCAUCUUUAUGCCUAUUUUUUUAAGCCACUUGACCAUUAACAGGAAAGACUACUGUAAGUACAGUACUCUUUAAGUACUGUACAAAAGGCACUCCAAAUAGGUUAAGUUCACUUUAUAGGUAUAAUUUUUGUUGGUAAAAUGUCAAAACUUGCUGAUAAUUGGGUUAAAUCUACUGCCUAUGGGAAAAAAGGUCUUUGCAGGGCUGCUAGAAGGGGUAGCUCCACAUUUUCGUAGAGGUUUUUUAAAAAAGCGACAGACAGCUGAAUUACAACUCUUGACUUAGAGUGUAAUAGAUUUCAAAAUGAAAAUCAUUUUUAAAAUACUUGUUACUGAUUAUAUACAUGUCACAGAAACAGAAUAAGAAGAAAUAAUAUUUUUGCUGUGGGGGUUGUACAAUUAUUGGUACUUUAAAUAAAGUAGUUAUUAAGAAUAUAUCCAGUAUAUCUCAUAUUAGAGGUCUUUGUGUACGCCAUGUGAAUCAGGAAAUGGAACAAUGGGACAUACAAAUCAAGAUAAAUUCACUAGGGCCAUUUCAUAAGUAGAAUUCACUACUAAGUGCAAGGGGUCAUUUCAUUUCUUGCAAGAGAUGGAUGGAUCAUUAAAGAUGUUUAAGCCUGCAACUAUCAUAAAGAAAUAACAAGCUGUGAUGAUCAUUUGGUAAAAGACCAUUGAUGGCUGUUGGGAUCAAUAAUAGAUGCUUGGUACAGUUAAUGACAAAUUUUGACAAACUUUGUACCCAG